ACUGAAGAAGAAGAAGAAGAAGCUAGUGUAAGCACACUUGUUUACUGUAUAGCGCUAAUAAUUUGAAAGAAAUCAAUACAACAAAAAUUUGUCAGACAAAGUCGCUAAUUUGAAAGGAGGUAGUAAAAUAGCCCUUAUUCUGGUGACAAAGUCAAAAUAUUCCAGAGAACAUUGCAUGUUUGAGCAGUUUGAUAUGGAAGAAGCAGUUAUACGACGGGCUAAAAUGUGAGCACAGGUGCAUUAUGGGUGACAUUCAGAGAAACUGAUCGAAAUGUUAUAGCUGGUGGAAUAUUUCCGAGCGCAGAUCCGAGAAGACCCGGAUGUGGCUUCGGCGGUGGCUGCUAUACGAUCCCUGCUGGAAUUCCUCAAGAGGGAUCAGAGCGAGACGAUCCUCGGCCUGCGAGAGAACAUGACGAAGGCCAUCCAUAGACUAGAAGAGACGGAUUCAUCGGUGGCUGUGUCGUCUGGAGGAGAGCUCUUCCUGCGCUUCAUCAGCCUCACCUCACUGGAACAUCCGGAUCUCUCACAGUGUAAAAAUGUGAUGAUAGAGCGAGGUGAGCUCUUCUUGAAGAAAAUAUCCCUGUCCAGGGGCAAAGUGGGUAAACUGUGCCACACCUUCAUCAAAGAUGGAGCUAAAAUCCUGACACACUCAUCGUCCCGAGUGGUUUUAAAGGUUCUGGAAAAUGCAGCAGCUGAUAACAAACGUUUUACAGUAUAUGUCACCGAAUCACAGCCGGAUUCAGCAGGUAAACAUAUGGCUCAAAAAUUAGGCAAACUCAAUAUCCCCGUCAUGGUGGUGCUUGACGCUGCAGUCGGGUACAUCAUGGAGAAGGUUGACCUGGUAAUUGUGGGUGCUGAGGGCGUUGUGGAAAGUGGAGGUGUAAUAAACAAGAUUGGUACCUAUCAGAUGGCCGUGUGCUCCAAGGCACACAAUAAACCAUUUUAUGUGGUGUCAGAAAGUUUCAAGUUUGUGCGGCUCUACCCUCUGAACCAGCAAGACGUACCCGACAGAUUCAAGUAUAAAGCAGAUAUCCUGAAGACAGUGAAGGAUCUGAACCAAGAGCACCCCAUGAUCGAUUACACCCCUCCAUCCCUCAUCACAUUACUCUUCACGGACCUCGGUGUGCUGACGCCUUCUGCUGUCAGCGACGAGCUCAUCAAACUCUACUUAUGAUGAUGAUGAUGACUGCUCUUCAUAAAGCAUGUGUAUCAUUGCCCAAGUGUAUGACCACAGAUGCACCUGAGAGAUCCUGUAUUUGGAGAGUAUGCCACAAUCCCGAUGUUAAGAUU